AUGUCAAACAAUAUACUUUUGUCCAUAGUGGAGGAGAAAAGAUGUAUUCAUUGGGUGAGUUGGGAUGAUGUUUGUCUUCCGGUGGAUAAAGGUGGUUUAGGCUUGAAGAAAUUAGAGGUUUUUAAUUUGGCUCUUCUCGAUAAGUGGAAGUGGAGAAUUUUUGAGGAUUCAAAUUCUAUUUGGUAUAGGAUGCUUAAGGCUCGCUACGGCGAUAUUAAGCUUCAGAUGAUGGUUGAAGGAGGAAAGCAUGAUAAUUAUAGUUCGAAAUUUGUUUGGUGGGCGGAUAUUUUGUCUUUAGAGAAGAGAGUUUUCGGGGAUUUUUUUGCGAACAAUUGCUCUUUUGGUAUUGGAGAUGGCUAUUCGACUUCCUUUUGGCAUUCUUUAUGGAUGAAGGAAGGAAUUAUUAAGUCAUUAUUUCCGUCUUUAUUUACUAUUUCUUCUUUACAAGAUGUUUCCGUAGCUUGCAUGGGAGCGCGGGAUGAAGGUGAGUGA